UCUGCGUCCGUCGUCAAAAAUAUGGUUGACUGAGAGUGUUGCAGUGUCGAACGCACGAACGCUUGAAAAUAUUAUAUACAAUUCCGAAAUAGAACAAAGAGUCCUUAGUAAUAUUUUCAGCACAGUAUAAAGUGAAAAAUGAGUAAUUUAACGGUCAAUUCAGCAAAUACAGCACCCAUCUUUGGAAUACGCCAUCUGCAGGCACUCUUGCUCUUUUUGAACAUAGUUGUCGUCUAUGUGAGCCGCCUCAAUGUCUCCGUGGCCAUUGUCGCUAUGACUAACGCAAACACAACGAAUCCAGAUUUUCCCGAGUAUGAUUGGAACGAGUCACAUAAAUCCUACAUACUUUCCAGCUUCUAUUGGGGUUACGUGCUCACUCAGUUUCCGGGCGGGUAUCUGAGUAGUCGCUUUGGCGCUAAAAUUACUAUACUCAUCGCCACGUUUGCCUCUGCAGUCUGUAGUUUCAUCACUCCCAUCUGCGUGCAAUUCGGUGGCUGGCCCAUCCUUUGCGUUAUACGUUUGCUGCAAGGUCUAUUUCAAGGUGUGAUUUUCCCCGCCAUACAUGACCAUCUCGCCAAGUGGUCACCUUUGCAUGAACGCAAUCUUCUCGGCGCACUGAGCUUGUCUGGUACCGAUUGUGGCACUGUUGUCGCCUUAGCGUCAAGUGGUCUGAUCGCAAGCAGUUCGCUGGGUUGGCCGGGUAUUUCCUACGUAUCGGCCUCACUCUGCUUCGCUUGGUGUGCAGUUUGGUUGGUCUUCGCUUCGAAUAAUGCGCCUUCGUCAAAGUUCAUCAGUCCACAGGAAUGCAAGUAUAUUGAAACAUCACUCGAACGUAAUGACGACUUUCAUAAACAACGUAUACCAGUUCCGUGGCGUGCUAUCUUCACCUCAGUGCCAUUUAUGGCCUUUCUUGUGGGUCGUUGCGCAGAGGCUUGGGGUUUCACAACACUACAGGCGCAAAUACCUUCGUACAUGAAUGGUGUUCUGAAUAUGGAAAUCAAAAAGAAUGGUCUCUUCUCAGCACUACCCUAUCUCGCAAUGUGGUUCCUUUUGUAUGUCUACUUGGCGGUUGCGAAUUUUCUGACCCAACGGAAUAUACUAUCCUUAACGGCAACGCGUAAAACUAUCAACACAAUUUCGUUGUGGGUACCUGCGCUACUACUCGUCGGCAUUGGUUUCAUGGACUCAUCUCAGUCGACAAUGGCUAUAGUCUUGAUGACCCUAAAUGUCGGCAUAAAUGGCGGUUCGACCAUCGGCUGCACGCUAAACACGAUCGAUCUAUCGCCAAACCAUGCAGGUAUACUGAUGGGCCUAUCAAACACUAUUGUGAAUAUUGUGCCGAUCUUAUCGCCGCUGCUUGUGGGCGUGAUUGUGACCGAUAAGCAUAAUCGCACACAAUGGCAAAUCAUCUUCGCUAUUGCCGCCGUGAUUUUCUUCCUGGGCAAUUUAGUAUAUAUUAUUUGGGGUACUUCAGAGACUCAAUCAUGGAAUUCUAUUGACUUUCAACAGCACGAAAAGGAUUUAGAGAAAUCAGUAGAAAAGCAGACAACCAUAGAAAAGAAAGUAGAACAAAGCACUAAGCAUGAAAAGAAAGAAAAAGAAAAUGGAGGGAUUGGCAAUGUUGUAGAGAGAACAAGACUUUAAAAUACUCUUAACAAACAUAUAUUAUUUUUGGUAUUAUUAUUUUAUAGUCAAGCA